UUACUUGGAAAAGUGCAACCCCAAGAUGCAACCCAGCAACACAUUUGCAGCAUCAGUAAAAUGCUGCAGGCACUUGGUUUUGAGGAGCCGGAGCCUGAAAAUGCAGAUCUUCAGGAGCUGGAGGCUGAAAACGCCUGGCUAAAAGCGGUGGAGGUAGAAAACACCCAGCUGAAGGCUGAAAAGGCUUGUAUGGAGGAGCUAGGGCCUGAAAACCCCUUACUGAAGAUACUAGAAGCCAAACAUGCUGCCACCAUGAAAAAUAUUCCCUGGGGAGAGAAGAGGAAGACGGUGGUCGAGCAGAUGGAGUAUUCUGCUUCACUUCUGAAGUCCAAAGACAACCCGACCAGCUUAGUUCAGCUCGUGAGGUCUGCAAAAGCCAGAGUGAAGGAGCUGGAGAAUGAGCUCAGAAACUGCAGCUUUAAAGUGCAAGAGGAAGAAAUCAUCUUCCUGAAUGUAAAUCUGGAGCUUGAGCAGGCUAAGAACAAGAAGAUCCAACACGAGUGGAAAACUAAAUGUGAGGCUCUGCAGGCGAACUUGGAGGACUGCAUCCUUGAAAAUGAGGCCAGGUCCCGGAAAAUAGAGGAGCUGCAAAAACAACUGAGAGACGCAGAUGAGAGGUGGUCCAUCAAGCAUGAGGAGAUGCUCCAAAAGGAAAUCAAGCUGAAGGACAUGAUAAAACUCAUGAUCCAGCAGAGCAUUGAGUGGGAGGAACAGAUCUUGAAGACCGAUAGCUUCAAGGAGAGGGCCAAGAAGGAGAAGAAAGAAAGGGAGAAGAGAGAGGAGAGCAAGGAGACAACAAGCAGGUGGUUCCACAAUUUUGUCUCCAAAUACUUCAACUUGUUAUCUCCACUACCAUUCUUCCUCUACCUCUGACCCGUCAAUCAUCCCCUCAUCCCAACUCCACCCACUCCCUUACAUCUUAACCCC